GAGCGCGUAGGGCUUGCUUAGUUCUAGGCAAAAGAGGACUAAGAACAGCUUAGAAACGUCCCCUAUAUUACAGUUUAACUGCCUGGACGUAGAGUCUAUAAGGCUCACUGUAGCUCACAGCAUUAUACUCAGAUAAUCGUUAUUAAUUUAAAAGUAUUGUUUAAUAAUUCUACUUCUUUAUGGACUGUUUAUUCAGCUGUCUCGAAAAUAUGGUCCAUAGUAAAGUCAACGAGUGCUUAAGAUUAUUCUUGAAGUCUAAGAAAUUAGUAGAGCCCAAAAUUGUAUAACACAUUUGAGACUAAAGUCUUACAUCUUUAAAUCUAACGAAAAUAUUUUCAACUCUGGAAACAGUUGCAGAUUUGUGAAGUGAUACACCUAAAUUGUGGACACACAAUAAUCUCGAGAAAUGUGUUAAUAAGAUUAUGUGGUUCGCUUUUAAAUCAUGAUGCAAUACGGAAAUAUAGUGUGCGUUAUUUUAUUUACAUUAACAGCAUAUAGUGAACCAAGAUGUUCACCGACACAGUCGCAGACGUUCGUGAGGUGGUCGGGAAUGUCUCCCGAUGAAGCCACUCCAGUGUUCGUCUAUUCAGCUAGUGGAGAUGAGGAAUCAUUGACAGGCGCCUGCCUAGCGCGCUGUAGGGAACUCGAAGAUUGUGCGGCGGUGAUUGUAGCAUACACAAAGGGAAACUGUCAAGGGAUUGCUAUGUCACAUACAACACAAUUCCAUGCGGAUAACGACGUCGCCUACUUCAACAAAAUAUGUUUAAAAUCAUCCCAUAACUGUGAUAACAGUUGGUGGUCCUUGGAGAGCACACCGGGGUAUUAUCUUAACUCGGAAGGAUCCAAUGUAAAAGUCAUAAUGAAUACAACCGUUGAAGAAUGUUAUAAUGCCGUCUUCUCAACAAAUGAUAAAUUUUAUCGAUCAGCACAAUGGGUAUAUCCAGACAGCACGCCUGAGGCGUUCGCUCUAUCAGAUUCACUGAUAGGAAACUGUAUCUUAAAUGGUGAAAAUAAAUUCACUGAACCCGAGUCUUACAGGGUGUCGAACUAUUACACGGUCUACAUAGAAAACCAAUGUGGGCAUGACUAUCCCAAAAAAAUAGACAGGUGCUCGUAUGAAGAAUACUACAAUCAAACUUUAAAACACGUGGAUUUGACUGCUAAAAACUAUACAAAAGACGAGUGUAAAUUAGCAUGCGAGAGUGAGAAAAGAUUUGUAUGUCGUGGCUUUACUUGGACGGUGGCUCCAUCUCGUGGUCUUUGCGAUCUACACGGCGAAGACCUCGUCACUACAGGGUCUUGGCUGCUGCGCCGGGUCACCGGGGCAACGUACUACCGUCGGGUCAUAUGUCUCAAUAUAAGUGUAGAAUGCGAAGGCUCGCACCUCGUAGUAACAUACAGACCGCGAGGCCUGUUCCGUGGGCGCAUGUACGUGCCCGGCCGCAGCGAGCGUUGUAGCGCACGUGCUCUUGCGCCGCCCGGGCCCGUCCGGCUUGCUCUACCUCUGCACGGUGACUGCGAUGUCAAUUUCGCCUAUGCGAUUAGUAAAGGACCAACUGGAACCGUCAAUAGAACGAUGGCGUAUGUGAUGCUAAUGAUUCAGACCAAUCCGAUCAUCCAGACUGCAGGAGACCGCUGGGUGCGCGUGGGAUGUUCCCCGGGCUCAGGGGCUAGGGGUUAUACUAAAGUUGACGCUACCGUCGCCGUGAAGGACUCCGGACGGCCAUCACUAGCCAGUGAGUCGUCGAAAGAGGACGUCGACAACCGUGGUGCGAGUGCCGUGUUCGGCGCCGGCGCACCGCUCGCGAUGUACGCCGUGCGCGCGCAUGACGGACACACGGGCGCGCUAGCGCUCGGCGAGCCGCUGGAGCUGAGGAUAGAAACUACGGAUGAAUCAGAAAUUGAAGCUUAUCACUUGGUGGCAUCUUCAAGACUUGGCGAUAGCUCGGUGCUAUUGUUGGACAGCCGAGGGUGUCCAACGGGGCAGGUUGAUUUUCCGUCAUUUACGAGGUCUCGGGUUGGAGGAAUGCAGCGACUUUCGGCACAAUUCAAGGCGUUCCGUUUUCCGACUUCCCAGGUUGUACGUUUCUCCAUAAUGGUACGAUUCUGCGAUGGAAAAUGUCCUACGAAAAACUGUGGCAAAAUAGAGCAAUUAAGAAACGCAAGAGACGCUAACGACACUUUUGGAGCAGCAGAUGCGCAGGUUUCUGAGGUUGCGAACCAAGAGCAGGCUUGGGCCACAGCAGUAAGGACGGGGUGCGGUGAUGUGGAGAGGGUACCGCUCGAGUUGCAGCUGCUGGUCGGCGCGAAACCUGUGCUCUCCGACACGCUCGUCCGCGCCGACCAUCGCUCUGCGCUACCGGACGACGUGCGGCCAACAGACAGUGCAAUGGUUUGUGUGCAUGAGUUGUUGCUGGUGGCACUGAUGCUGGCGUGGCUCGCUGUGCAGGUGUUGCUGCUGUUGGGAUGCUGUGUACUCGUUAAGAGAUAUAGAAAUUUAGCGGAAAUGAAUAUGCAGAAAGAUUACCAUUCCUUCGACAACGUGGGCUUUGAAACUAGCUCCACACAUCGACGUGUUCAUUGGCCAGACCAAAACAUAGAUAUAAUACACGCCUCAUAGUUACCUUUAAAAUUUGUAUCAAAGUAGUAU